AUGACCAACCAGGCUGACAUACACAUCCCGGACAGCAGUCUGAGCCUGGAGGACUUCCCCAAGCCCUGCUGGUCUGGGCGGUGUGGUUGGCUACAGAGAAACCUCCUCUUGACGCUGACUAUUUUUGGGGUGAUCCUCGGAUCGGUGUUUGGGAGUGUCCUACGCAUGGUGCCAGACCUCAGCAACACCACCGUUCUCCUGAUCUCUUUCCCCGGGGACAUCUUGAUGCGGAUGUUGAAGAUGUUGAUCUUGCCGCUCAUCAUCUCCAGUCUCAUCACAGGGCUGGCCGGCUUGGACGCCAAAUCCAGUGGACGGAUGGGCACCAGGGCGAUGGUUUACUACAUGUCCACUACCAUCAUCGCCGCCAUCGUUGGUGUCCUCCUCGUCAUCUCCAUCCACCCCGGCAACCCCAAGCUCAAGAAGCAGGUCACCAUGGCCAUGAAGAACGAGGACGUCUCCAGCCUGGACGCGUUCCUGGAUCUGGUUCGCAACUUGUUCCCUGAAAAUCUAGUGCAAGCUUGUUUCCAACAGGCACAAACUGUGUUGAAGAAAAUUCCCCUCGCUCGGGAGAAAACAAUCAACAUGACUCAGGCACUGCUCGCCAAUGCCUCCUCGUUGAAUGGGACCUUCCAAGUUGGAAAUGUCCGACCAGCCUUCAUAAUCAAGAGGAAGCUGGUAUUCAAGGGUGGCAUGAACGUACUCGGCCUCAUUGGCUUCUUCAUAGCCUUUGGCGUGUGUAUGGGGCGUCUGGGCGAGCGAGCUCAGGUCAUGUCUGACUUCUUCAACAUCCUCAACGAGAUCAUCAUGAAGCUGGUCUCCCUCAUCAUGUGGUACUCGCCCCUUGGCAUCGCCGCCCUGAUCUGCGGUAAGAUCGCGGCCAUCAGGGACCUGGAGGUGGUGGCCCGGCAGCUCGGGAUGUACAUGGUGACGGUGAUGGUGGGGCUCCUGAUCCACGGAGGCUUCAUCCUCCCCUUCAUCUACUUCCUGGUCACCAGGAAAAACCCGCUCAUUUUCUACGGAGGCAUUUUCCAGGCCUGGAUCACCGCUCUCGGCACUGCGUCCAGUGCGGGGACACUGCCUGUGACCUUCCGUUGUCUGGAGGAGAACCUGAAGAUUGACAAGCGGGUGACCAGGUUUGUGCUGCCCAUUGGUGCCACCAUCAAUAUGGAUGGCACAGCUCUGUACGAGGCUGUGGCUGCCAUCUUUAUCGCCCAGAUGAACGGGAUCAUAUUGGACAGCGGGCAGAUCAUCACAGUCAGCUUGACGGCUACGUUGGCUAGCGUGGGAGCCGCGAGUAUUCCCAGCGCGGGGCUGGUGACGAUGCUGCUGAUCCUGACCGCGGUGGGCCUCCCCACCCAGGACAUCAGCCUGCUGAUCGCUGUCGACUGGCUGCUGGACCGUAUGAGGACGUCAGUGAACGUGGUGGGCGACUCGAUCGGAGCGGGAAUCGUGCACCACUUGUCCCGGGGGGAGUUGGCGGCCAUUGACGCCCAGAACAAGGACCGCGACGACGUGGAGAUGAUCAAACUGCGUCCAUUGCCAGCCCAGGAGAUGAACCACAAGAUGGAAAUCAACACCCUGCUCCCCUACGGAGGCUACAGCUCAUUACCCACCGAGGAUUAUGAGUCUGCCUGUGCUGACCUCUCUCGUUCGCAGACCACGGACACCAAGAACGAGGGGACAGAGCAGGAGCUGGACGAGCUGGGAGAGGGGGAAGGUAGUGAGGGGCCGGAGGAGAUGGAGAUGGAGGAGAGCGACAAGGAGAGAGAGGCCGAGAACUUGCCAGGAGAAGACAAAGAGGAAUAAAGUCAA